AUGAGCUUGAAAGAAGUAUUCGAACAACAUCCAUGGAGGUCAUUUAAGAAGUUCAAUGAAGCUGCAAAGAGUUCGGGAUUUACUAACAGAGCUGAAGUGAAAAGGUUCUUUGACAAAAAUGUUGUACAUCAAACAAAAAUAAAUCCUUACGACUACUUUUUACCAAUUUACUCCAACACUCCUGACGCAUACCAAUUUGACACUCUCAUUCAAAGCAGAAAAGGAGGACAUAAACCAUUCCUCAUCUUCAUAAAUGUUAACACUCGUAAAGCAUAUGCGUAUAUAAUGAGAAAUAAAGGAACUCGUGAAGUGUUAAGAGUUUUACAAAAGUUUGUAGCAGAACAUAACCCAAGUACUUUAACAUCAGACCAAGACAGUGCAUACCUCAGCAACGAAAUCACAGAAUUUCUCAUUAAGCAUAACAUAACUCACUACACUACUGAAGACCAUAACCAUAACAUACUCGGCAUCAUAAACCGCUUCAUAAGAACGCUCAGAGAUUUA